UGUUGGCGGCGCUUAACCGUUGCCGCUUAGCGCUGUUCCGCCGAUUUUUCGAGAACCUCCCUCUAUCGCUUUUCGCAACGCUGCAACUCCAGCCUACCUUUUUUUUUGUUGUUGUUGUCCUAUCCCACGGCUCACAUUGAGCUCAGAAGUUGGUCCUCGAAUUCUCUAAUUUAACUCUUUUCUGACUCCCCUCCCUUUUUUGAUUUUUUUUUUUACAUUAGUUUUGUGUCGCAGCGCAGGUGCGCCUCAUUUUUCACCAUGGACGAGGACUACUCUUCUGGCUCCGUCGAUGCCGACCGCGAGAUGACCAGACUGUGGCGCACAUGGAGGACGGUGUUCGAAAUGCUUCAAGAUCGAGGCUACGAAGUCACCGAAGAGGAAGUGCAAAUAACGCUCGAAGAAUUCAGACAGAAAUACUCCGAUCCCCUUGGAUACCCAGACCGCAACAAGAUGAAAAUCCAAGCUCGCCCCACGGAGGCCAUGAACCUCAAAUACACGGCCCUCAAGACCAACUCCAACCCGGACCCUCAGCCCGACUGCGGAACCAUCUAUGUUGAAUUCUGCCCCGACUCCACCGGUGUCGGUACCAAGCAAGUGCGCGCCUUCAACCAUGUCGUCGACGAGAACAACUUCCACACCGGCGUGUUCAUCACCCAGACCCCGAUCUCCCCGUCCGCCGUCCGUCUGCUGAGCGGUGUUCCCGGCCGUAUCUGCGAGCAUUUCCAGGAGCAGGAUCUGCUGGUCAACAUCACCCGGCACGAGCUGGUCCCGAAGCACGUCCUGCUGAGCCCUGAGGAGAAGUCUCGGUUGCUGCAGCGCUACCGUCUGAAGGAGUCUCAGUUGCCCCGUAUCCAGGUGUCGGAUCCUGUGGCGAGAUAUUUGGGUCUGCGCAGAGGCCAGGUCGUCAAGAUUAUUCGCAGGAGUGAAACGGCCGGUCGUUAUGCCAGUUACCGCUGGGUUAUUUAAUCGCGAUUUUGACAACUUUGGCUUGUAUGGUUAUGCUACAUUAACGGACGGCUGUUUGCUUGAGGGAGUUGAUCGCGCAUUCUUUCCAUUCAAAGACGCCAGAAGACCAUGUCGAGUUCGCCAAGAGGUUCUUGGGCACCU